AUGUCGCAGGAGGAGCAAUGCAACGGCCAUUGGCCUGCUGUCGAGGAACCAAGCGUCAUGGAGAAUGCAGAUGUUGUGCCUGUACUGGAUGACGCUGAUGACCGUAGUGUGCAGAAUAUCAGUAUCAGUGAGCAGGGGAAUUUGGAUCAUGGAAGUCCUAGGCCAGGAGAUGGUGAAGAUUCAGCAGUUAAGGCUACCAAUUCAGAUGUUGGUGGUGAUCAUAUAGGAGCUCAGCCUGGGGAGGUGGAUGGCGAGAAAUUGCCCAUUUCAGAGGAGAGCAUUAUGCCUCAGGAUUCUUCUCAGCGUGACAUAGCCGAUGACGGUACCAACCAAGUAGGGGUACACCAGGAGGUGCAGAUGGAUUCUGUUCACAGGACAAGUAGUUCUGAUUCCAAAGAAACCAUGGAGGUGCCAAUUCCUUCUCUAGACCUCAGGGUUGAUAAUGCUAAUAUGGGUGAAGAAGGAACUCGGGAAAUGGAGGUGGGCGUUUCGGGGAGGUCAUCAGAUGGCAAUAUACAAGAUGUUGAACCCACAGUUUCUGGUGAAACAGGCAUGGAGGUUGGGCUUGAAGCAGCAAUGGGCCUUGCAGCUUCACAAGAAAUUCCUGGACGAGGAGAUACCAAUGACGAAGCUAAUGGAGUGGCCAAAGAAGCUGUUCAAGAAGAUGCAGAUACGCAUGAAUUGGAUUUAUCUGUUCAAAAAGUUGAUUCGGCUUUAUGUGGUGAUGCUGUAUCUCAAUGCUUCAUGCCAUAUCGCCUUGAUGAAUAUAUUCAGAGGCAUCUGUACGUGACAACUCUGUCGAGGGAUUUGCUCCAGUUGCAGCUAGAUGAAGGCACAUACCUGAAUUCAGAUGUUACACUGUCUUCUGAUGAAAUUCUCAAACGCCAGGUACAGCUGAAAGAAUCUGAAGAGAGCGAAGUAGCAGCCCAUGAAGAAAUUCAGCAAUGUAGACAUGAGCUCACAAACCUGAAUAUUGUUAAGGGAGAACUUGAAUUUAUCGUGGCUUCUCUGAAACAGGAAAUUGACGCUAGCAACAACAAAUGUGAACAGCUGGAGAUCGAGUUGCAGUCCUCCAAGGAGAAUGCACAACAAAUUUUGAGUGAAUUAGCUGACUGCCAAUCAUUGCUGGAAGGUCUACAAAAGGAGAACAUAGAGCUAACAGAAAACCUUGCUCUUGAGGAAAAAACCAGAAAACAGGUCGAGGCGCAGCAAGAACAUCUGUCUGGUGAAAACGAUCUUACUUUUUGUCGAUCUUACUUUUUUGUCAACCUCGCCGGCCUUUCUUUUUUGUCGAUCUUACUUUUACUUUUACUUUUUGUGCUGGCCUCAGCCUGGGCAUCUGCCAUCCGUAAGCUUUUUCUUCGUAUUGUGUUGUGCUUCCAGUGCCCCCACCCGGACCCCUGCCCUUGA